UCCCUGGAUACAGCGGUGCGCUCAGUGUAAACAAGCGAAACACUCCUCCAGAGAGACGUUCCCCGUGUGAGAGACCGAUUUACCUGUAAUAUAUAUAUCCAGGCAUGGUUUAUUGGAGAUAGUAGGUAUUCACAUACUGUAAGUGCGUGUAAAUGUGCUGCAGUGUCUGAUAUGGAGGUUUCUGCGGGUGAUGUGUGUCGGACCCUGGAGAUCAUCACAGCACGAGCGGAUCCACAGGUUUCUGAGGAGGAGAGCAGCGGCUGUUCGGCGGAGAAACUGCUCACUGAUCAAGUGUCUGUGGACCGGAUGGACAUCACAAAGGGGUUUCUGGACGAUAUCUCUCGGCCGGCCUCCAGUGAGAUCAGAAGAUUGAGUCGAGAUGGGCCCAGAUCUCUGGAGGUGCUCAGUCCUGACGUCACACACGCCGAGCAGGUUCACCGGGACACGACUGAUCUUACCGCAGAAAACAGCUCUGAUCAAGAAGAGUCCGAUGAAGAGAAUGAAGAUCCGGAGUUGAGAGAAGCCAUAAAGAAGAUGAAGAGGCUGGACCGUGUUCUGGCUCUCAAGGCGUCAGCGGAGAGAGAGGUGAAGCAGAGAGGAAGACAGCAGCACCAGAGACUGUGGCAGGAGCUCCAGACCGCCGGUCUCAGGAUGAGCAGCAACGAGACGGACAACACCAGACGCUUUCUAGCACUGACACCCGACAACU